CCGGGAGGGGAACAGCGCGCACAACCUGCGCCCGGCCCGGUGGCCCGACCGACAGACUGACACUCGCCGGACCGGCCGGGGGCGAGCGGAGGGCCGGAAGACAGGGGAGAGAACGGGGAAACAAACUUGCAGAGAGGAGUGACCUGGGGGCCGGGGGCGGAGCCGCGAGCGGGGGAGGAGAGCGCGGCGGCGAGAGCGCGGCUGGCCCAGGAAGCGGAGAGCGCCGCCCACCCAUCCGGGGCGAGCGAGGCGCCGCGGUCAGAGGCAGGCUGGGCCGGGGGCUGCCGGGCCCUCGACCCCCUCCGUGACCCCGCAACCCCAGCCCGGCCCCAAGAUGAUGAAGAGGCAGCUGCAUCGCAUGCGGCAGCUGGCCCAGACGGGCAGCUUGGGACGCACUCCGGAGACUGCCGAGUUCCUGGGUGAGGACCUGCAGCAGGUGGAGCAGCGGCUGGAGCCGGCCAAGCGAGCAGCGCACAAUGUCCACAAAAGGCUGCAGGCCUGUCUGCAGGGCCAGAGCGGGGCAGACAUGGACAAGCGGGUGAAGAAACUUCCUCUCAUGGCUCUGUCCACUACGAUGGCCGAGAGCUUCAAGGAGCUGGACCCCGACUCCAGCAUGGGGAAAGCCUUGGAGAUGAGCUGUGCCAUUCAGAACCAGCUGGCCCGCAUCCUGGCCGAGUUUGAGAUGACCCUGGAGAGGGAUGUCCUGCAGCCACUCAGCAGGCUGAGUGAGGACGAGCUGCCAGCCAUCCUCAAGCACAAGAAAAGCCUGCAGAAGCUGGUGUCUGACUGGAACACCCUCAAGAGCAGGCUCAGUCAGGCAGCUAAGAACUCAGGCAGUGGUCAGGGCCUGGCAGGCAACCCAGGCAAUUACAGCCACACCACCACGGCCAACAAGAUGGAGACGCUGAAGGAGGAGGAGGAGGAGCUGAAGAGGAAGGUGGAGCAGUGCAAGGACGAGUACUUGGCCGAUCUGUACCACUUUGCCACCAAGGAGGACACAUACGCCAACUACUUCAUCCACCUCAUGGAGAUUCAGGCCGAUUACCAUCGCAAGUCUCUGAGCUCACUGGACACGGCCCUGGCGGAGCUGAAGGAGAACCACAGCCAAACAGACCCCUCCCCCUCGAUGACGGCCGCCCCCUCCUCCAGGGUGUAUGGGGUGUCGCUGGGAACGCACCUGCAAGAACUGGGCCGGGACAUCGCCCUGCCCAUCGAGGCCUGCGUCAUGAUGCUGCUUUCCGAGGGCAUGAAGGAAGAGGGCCUCUUCCGUCUGGCCGCCGGGGCCUCAGUGCUGAAGCGCCUCAAGCAGACGAUGGCCUCCGACCCCCGCAGCCUGCAGGAGUUCUGCUCUGACCCCCACGCCGUGGCAGGUGCCCUCAAGUCCUAUCUACGGGAGCUGCCAGAGCCCCUGAUGACCUUUGACCUCUAUGAUGAUUGGAUGAGGGCAGCCAGCCUGAAGGAGCCGGGGGCCCGGCAGGAAGCCCUCCAAGAGGUGUGUGGCCGCCUGCCUCGCGACAACCUCAACAACCUCAGGUACCUGAUGAAGUUCCUAGCACGGCUGGCCGAGGAGCAGGAGGUGAACAAGAUGACGCCCAGCAACAUCGCCAUCGUCCUGGGGCCCAACCUGCUGUGGCCCCCAGAGAAGGAAGGGGACCAGGCCCAGCUGGAUGCAGCCUCAGUGUCGUCCAUCCAGGUGGUGGGCGUGGUCGAGGCUCUGAUCCAGAGCGCAGACACCCUGUUCCCUGGAGACAUCAACUUCAAUGUGUCAGGCCUGUUCUCAGCCCCCGCCGCCCAGGACAAGCUCAGUGACAAGCCGGCCUCUGAGGAGCUUCCGAUUGCCAUGCCCACCCCGGCCGCCACCCCGGCUCCAGCUCCAGCUCCAGGUCCUGCUCCUACCUCAGCCUCAGUGGCUGCCAAGGAAAGGAUAGAGUCCGAGGCGCCCCCCAGACCAGCCUCCCCCAAGGUCAGUAGGAACCCCUCGGAGGCAGCUGCCCCAGCGGAGGACACGGCUCGGAGGACCAAGCGCCCAGCGCCGGCCAGGCCCACCAUGCCGCCACCCCAGGUCUCCAGCACCCGCACCUCCCCUCCAGCCCCACCCCCACCCGCGGGCUCUGGCAGCCCUGUGACCCCCCGGGCUCUGCCCCGCCGGCUGGUGGGCAGCAGCCUCCGGGCCCCCACAGUGCCCCCCCCACUGCCCCCUAUGCCCCCGCAGCCUGCCCAGCGCCAGAGGUGGCGUUCUCCAGCCUCCCCAAGCUCGGCCUCCCCGGGUCCAGCCUCCCCAGGUCCAGCCUCCCCGUCUCCGGCCUCCCCCAGCCCAGCCUCCCUGAGUGGGCCUGCACGGGUGGACCUGGGGGCGGCCAUGGAGGAGGGAGGGGCCCACACUUCCCCACCUAACCCCCCCCAGCCCCCGCCCCGGAGCCUCGCCUCAGAGACUGACUGAGCUCGGGGCCCCUCCGGGCCCCCCCCCCCCCCCCCCCCCCCCCCCCCCCCCCCCCCCGCCUUGUCCCCAGGACACAGCCCUCACCCCUCCCGAGGGGUGGGGGCCUCCAGCCUUUGCCGCAAGUGCCUCGGUGCCCGCUGGGUCGGCCCCCACCGCAAGGAGGACUCAGGACAGCCCUCCACCCGCAGAGCUUUUCCUCCUGGACCCACCCUGGGCUUGGGGGGCCCUCAGCCGACUCCCCACUCUCUGGCAGGGUCCCAGGGGAGCCGCCGGAAGGAAAGAGCUUGCCCGCUCCUACAGGACGUUUAUUUUUCUCUUGCCAACGUAUUUUUUUGUAAGGCUGGUAAAUAAAUUAUUUUGGACAAAAUCAGA